AUGUGUUUGGGCGAGUCAUACACUACGGCAUUGCGACGAUUCAAUGCACAAGAACGUCGAUUAGCCAAAUCACCACAAUUGACACCACAGUACGUUGAAUUUAUGAACGACUACGAGAGCCUGGAUCAUAUGAGCGUUGUAGAGAAUCCGAAUCCGAGCGAACCGCAUUAUUUUAUACCACAUCAUUGCGUUCUUAAACCAACAAGUCCAACAACAAAUCUUCGAGUCGUAUUUGACGCCUCCUGUCGAACUACAUCCCAAAAAUCACUAAACGAUAUUCACAUGGUUUAUACUCACUGCGACAUAGUCGAGAUGUACCGGCAAGUAUUAAUGCACGAAGAUGAUCGACUGUUCCAGUACAUUCUAUGGAGGAGUUCACCGACUGAAGACAUUCGCACAUACCAACUAAAUACUGUAAUGUAUGGAUUGGCUGCUGCACCAUAUCUUGCUACACGGAUCAUUAUGCCGCGGUACUAUCCCAAACAAGAGAAAAUAGUUGAUUUCGACAACAUUUUGGAGGCGAUCAAGUCGGUGAAAAUACAUCACAAUAGCGUUCGACAAUCUGCGGCAGCACACAAAAUUCCGAGGACCAACCUAAUGCGUUAUAUUGCAGCAUUUGAUGGUGCGAGCAUCGACGUUACUGCUGCCAAUGCCGAUGUAAUGAAGAAUUUGCUGUCUGAAAGCACGACGAUGGGCACAAAAACACACAACGGUGCUAAUGCCGAUUCGCCAACCAUGUUGCUGCUGGACAACCACGGUUCGCAUUUAUCGAUCGAGGCGAUAGAUUUKKCGUUGGAUCAUGGCAUCACGUUGCUGUCUUUUCCGCCGAAAUGA